AAACAAAUCCCAUAUAUAAGGAAGUCUGUGUCUAUACCACUUCAGUUCGAACGAUGUAAGCAGGACCAGCAUAGCUGGUUUGCCAUCAUCGACACCAUCAUGACAUACUGGCAGGUAUUCUGUUAUGCUGUAUUACUGAUUAAAGGUGGAAGAUCGAAAGAGGUAAUUGACAUCACGACUGAAACAAAUGUAGAAGUUUUCUCCACGAAUUAUCCAAGACCAUAUCCAUCUGAAGAGGACAAAGAAUGGAGAAUGUCACAAGAGUAUGGAAAAUGGCAGAUAAUUUUAGUUGAUUUCCAACUCCAGAAUUCAAUAGGCUGCAGCAAAGACUAUCUUGAAAUCAACGAAGAAAACAGUCAACCAAAACGGCUGUGUGGAAGGAAAUCAAAGCAAAGUAUAAUAUCUAUUGGCUCAAAAGUAAGAUUACACUUCCACUCUGAUGACCAGGAUGAAGCAAGAGGAUUUCGUCUGACAGUCAAGCGUCUGAUGGAUGAUGAUGACAUGAAGAAGAAAUCAAAGGAUGAAGCUGCUAAUGUGAGUGUAAUAAACAGAAUGGAAGAGUCCUGGAUGUUCAGAGUUUUACUUGGUGCUCUUGGGUGUGCUGUACUCGUGUUUACAGUACUCAUCACUUUGUUAUGCUUAGAGAUGAGGAAGAAGAGACUCGAUCAUCGUCCUGACCGAUUCAACAUUUCUUCUUUCACUGAUGGAGGACUUCAUUGGCCACCAAGGACAAGGAGUGACUCUAAAUCCUACGGUAGACAAAAUAGCAAUUCUUCCACUGCCCCAUUGACACAGAACGGGCGUUUUGCGUUUUAAACGGUCGGUUUUUGAACUAUCAACAGAGACAAUGAUAUGUCUUUGUUAAAUACAAACAUUAUUCGACAUUCAGAUGCUGUUCUUGUUUAAAACUGAAUGACUAUGUUGAUGUUGUAUCUACUAUGAUAAAUGUUUUGUAAAUAAUUUUCUUUUUCAUAUGAGUAGGAAACAGUGAGCGUAAACUUGACAGAAAAAUGUAUUUAUGUAGUGAUAUGACGUCAAGAAAACAUGAUUGACAAAAUAAGUCAAAGAUUUUUAUAAUUUUCAAUAAAGUUAUUUUAACCUC